AGCGGCGGGCAAGAUGGCGGCGGCGCCGCGCGCCCUGCGGCGGCUCUGCGGCGCGGCGCUCUUCCUCUCCCAGCUCUACGUGCUGUCGGGCCGUGCAGGAUCUUUGAUGACCACAAAGCACUCACAGACCCAGUCUACGCUUGCAAAAAGUCUAACUUCAACAAGUACAAAUGCUCCCUAUUUUAAAGCAGCAGAAACUACAGAAAUGCCGUUUUAUGUGACUAAAUGUCCUAGCAAUGGACUUUGCAGUAGAUUGCCAGCAGACUGUAUGACAUGUAACACAAAUUUUUCCUGUGUAUAUGGGAAGCCAGUCACUUUUGAUUGCAAAGUUAAGCCACAUGUUCAUUGCGUUGAUCAGAAUAACAACGAGCAGGAGAACUUCACAAUUAACAUGACAUGCCAGUUUUGCUGGCAGCUUGCAGCAACUGAUUAUGUAUGUACCAAUUCUACAAACUGCAUGACAGUUUCUUGUCCACGACAACGAUAUAAUGCCACUUGUACAGUACGGGAUCAUAUUCAUUGUCUAGGUAAUCGUGUCUUUCCUAAGAUGCUCUAUUGCAACUGGACUGGAGGUUAUAAGUGGUCUACUGCCUUGGCACUAAGCAUCACCCUUGGUGGAUUUGGAGCUGAUCGUUUCUAUUUGGGCCAGUGGCGCGAAGGUCUGGGAAAACUCUUCAGCUUUGGUGGACUUGGAAUAUGGACAUUAAUUGAUGUGCUACUAAUUGGUGUUGGGUAUGUGGGACCUGCAGAUGGCUCCCUUUAUAUUUAAAUGUAGAUGUAAUAUGUUUCAGAGAGGAGUAAUCGUUUGGAAAGGGGCAUAAAUAAAAUAAUGUAGAAAUGAAGCCUUUAAGGUAGAAUGAAGAACAACUGUUCUUUUUAUGUGUAUAGAUUUUAAUGUACAGUAUCUGUACUUAGUCUGCCUUUAACUAAGGUAAAAUAAAAGAGUGGAUCACUGAGUAAGUUGAAAUUAAUUUCUUUUGUUUAUGGGCAUGCUAUUUUUCUAUGAAAAAAGUUGUACAGAUAACUGAAUUCCACACUGUUCUUGAACUUGAUCUGUCAAGCACCCAGAGAUGUAAACUGAUUUGAUAUUAUUUACUUUGUAUUUAUAUGUUCAACUACAAAUUUAAAUUCCCUAAAUAUGUCAGUAAUAUAUUCAUAUUUGGAGGAUAAUUUAUUUGCCUAAGCCUAAAUUACCUUAGCAGUAUGUAGAUUGCCAUGCUUUAUGAUAUUAAUUAUGUUAAUCUCUUUGUGGAUAUAGCAAGGUCUGACGUUUGCUUAGUGACUUGUUGACUUAAAAGUGUGGAGGGGUUUUAGAAUUAGAUUGCAGUAACACCGAAAGCUAAAUGUGAAAUAAUUAAAAUACAGUUUAGGAUCAUUCCAAGAUGUCUUUGUUAUGUUUGGGUUUGACCUGGCAUAUUGGUGAAAGCUGCAUUUGUCGUUGUGCUAGCAGACUUGGAAGUUAAUUUCAAAGAAGAGGUCUGGUAUGUAAUGAGUAGCUUAUCCACUUAGGACUUUGUAGGGAGAUACUUCCCUAGUGGAGUAUCACCCUGUAGCAGACUGCAGCGCCGGGAGGAGGAGUGCUGACAGCUGGCUGCCCACCUCGCGGCUCCGCGGCCUCCUGCGGGGGCCUCUUACACUGGGCUUCAACUGCUGCUUGUGUAGCGCUAAGGUGCAGUGAACCUGACAACUAUGACUUGAAUAAACUAAAAAUUGAAGCUUUCAUUGAA